UCACUCUUUUUUGGGGCAGCCCCUGAGAUAUUAGAAUACUGCUAUCAUGUCCCCCCUCGCCCUUCUCUUCAUUAAACUAGACAUACCCAAUUCCAGCAACCAUUCCUUAUAUGUUUUAGCUUCCAGUGUAUGUAAAAUCAACUCUUAUGUUUAUGUAGAUUUAUGCCCCUUCACCAUACUUUUAUUUCUUUCAUUAUUUCUCUCCCUUUUCCAUUGCAGUCAUUAUUGGUUUCAAGAAUGACAGUCAUGUUCUUCACAGGAGGGAGAAGUAAAAAAAGUCAAGAUGGCAGCCUCUAUUGUAUAUAACCUUGAGGGGGGGUUAUCUGCCCUCCCAAUCUAUUCACAACUUAGGUUGCUCCUGAAAGCAAAGUUAGGGAACAAAUGAAUUGUUUUUUUUUUCUUCUAGAGAGAGGAAAGAAUUUGCAGGCAGAGCAUUAGUUAUAGCCAAUGGUCACAUAUGGUACAUUCACAGACAGUUAAGAAUUUUAAAAAACAUGGCAGUAAUUGAAACCUGCAAUUAUAGUGCAAUAGAUUGGGGUAAAGAAAAACCUUUCUAAACUCUGUCCUGUAUUUAAUAAUGCUAUGUAGGAAAAUAUGCUACAUGAUCAUGUUUUAAACACAAUGAUGCAUUGCAUUUUUUGAAAGCUACUACCGCUAGUUUGUAAUUAUCUUGCAUAGUUUGCAGCACAGUCAUUAAUGUGGACCUAGUACUGUAAAGAUAUUAUCAAUUCAGAUGUUUAGCUUAUUACCCACAGAGCAAUGUAUGAUAAAUCCCCUUUUUAAAAGUAAAUUAUCUAACUUGGCCUUCACAGAUGUAAGGGAACAGUGUAAAACCUAUCGCUGUUGCCACAUAUUAGAAUUUGAUAAUCCAGUUCAACCUGAGGCAACAUAUUACCCAGCUCUCUUAUACUAUUCUUUUAAUGUUCUAUAAUCUAGUAUUGUAACAAAUGUUAACACCUUUAAUUUUUAUCCCUUGUAGUAAACAAGUUCAUAUUUCCCUUACUGUGGAUUAUUCUUGGCAUUGUUAUUUCUAACCCAACCUUCUCAUUUAAACAAUUGUUUUCCUUGGAUGUAUAUAUAUAUAUUUGGCACAGACUAUUAAAAGUUGGGAAGUUUUAUUCUGAAUUACUUCAUUGUAUAAUUCUAUCCUUCCUUUAAAUAGCUGUGGGUUGUAUGUAUGGACUAAUUCCAUUUAUUUCCUAUACGUGUUUAAUAUAUUAAGCAAAGAAAACAUUAUUUCCUAGCUGAUUAAUAUACUUCUACCUCAACUUUCCUAAAACAAAAAUCAACAUUUUGCCGGUUAUGGAACAUGGGAUAUAACCCUGAUUGAUGCAGCAAAGACUUGCACCGACUUCUUAAAAAGGAUUUUGUUUAUUAAAUACAUACAAGUGAAGAUAAAUUCUACUAAUAAUUAUUGUAGGAUAUAGUAAUUAUGAAUUACUUGGCUUCAAUACAAACAGCCUGCUUUUUCCAGCCACAGCUCUACCUACAUACAAUAUAAGAAAAGACAGGAAAGACAUUAUCAUUUAUAUUAUCAACAUUUAUUCAUCGGAAAAUGUUAAGACUUUAGCAGAACUCCUUUUCAGGAUCACAAGUAGGCAAUUUUAUUUAUGAAUCACCAUUUUCAAAUUUUAAAUUUAUUAAAACAAGUGCACCAAAGUGAAAUCACUUGUCUUUUUAGGACAAGGUAGUAUUUUGAAGAUGCUACUGAAAACAAAAGUGCUAUUUGUAGAAAGUAACCCCAAUGCUAUCCAACUUAUCAAACAAUAGGUUAUAAAUAGUUAAUAAACUAAUAUAUAUAUAUAUGACUAUGUUAUUUUCUAAACAAUAUUUUUACCAGUUCAGAACUAUAACAUUUCUGACAAGGAUCUGUGAGCAAAUAUGUAAUCUGUAGUUUAAAAUUAAUAUCUGAAUGCAUGUGAAAGCACAAACCCAUUUCAAAAUUGGAAAAUAUUUAACGUGUUAGUAAUUCAAGGUUACAAAUAAGAAAUGUAGAUACGGGUACUAAAUCUAUCAUGCACAGUAGUAUUAAAAUCCACGAAACAAGAUUAUUUUGUUAACCCAGUAUCAUUGAAGACUUGUAAUGCUUUAGAGUUUUAAUAACUAAAAUUAUAUGUUUGUGUGUCUGUAUGUGUAUAUACACAAUAUAUAUAAAAUUUUAGUUGUUAAAACACUCAAGCAUUACAAGUCUUCAAUGUAAUAAGUAUAUGUAUGUAAUAAAAUAAACUAUUUUUCAUCUGAAUGGCUGGAGCAGAAAGAAUAAAAUCAAUAUAAUCCUCAUUUGUGGAAAUGCUUAAAUGUCUCUUGAGAGACAACUAGCAAUCUUGUAAACGUUUCAUAAUUGACCAGAAAAAUAUUUGGAACUAUACAGUUAAUAUAUUUCUUAUGUUCUAGAUGACCUUCAAAAUUAGUUUCUAUAGGCAGGAGUCUUCUGCCCAGUUCAGUGAUAAAGUAUCCUUCUUGGUGCAAAAAUAUUAGCAAAAACUGUAACUUCACUCUAGAACUAGCAUGUGAGAACUAAACCUUUAUUGGGGAUAAAGGAAGCAAAGUAAAGGAGAAAAGAGGAAAUAUGUAGAUAUCUCCAUCACUCUUAUAACAUGUUCUCACUUGGAAAAUGCUCCUUCAAGAAAAUAAAUUGUGACCACUUAUCCAGUCUGAGAGGCUCCAUUAGGCCAGUUGUGCCUCUUGUAGUAUUUUCUUCUAGGAGUGUCUAAAUAAAGUAUUUUCCUAAUGGAAGUGGAGAUAUGAGAGAUAUGUUACACUGCUAUUGACCACAGAGAUCAAGGGGAAUAGAUGGUGACAUCUUUCUUACCUCCUGCAGUUAUGAGGACAGAAAGAUUGAGGCAUUUGUUUUGCUAGACAACAGAUUGGGAAGCAGGGAAGAAAAAAGUAAAGAAACAGGAGAAUCCUGCAUGGAUUUAAGCCUAAUGUUAAUCGUAAAAUAAACUAGAAAUAUUUCAGACUAUAACUAUUAUGUUGAAAGAAAGCUAUGGUGCUUAUACAUAUUUCCCAAAGGGAAAUUGCUGCUAUAAAACACCGUUGAGACUGAACUGUCACAUCAUAUGAGCACCUGAAUAAAUAAAGUAGAAAAUGAAGAAUCGGCUUUGUUUUUUUAAAAAAAUGGUAGAUCAUUUAAAAUAAAUACAUGGUAUUUCAUUUGAGAUAGCCAAAGUAUUUGCUAACAAUAGAACACAGGCAACUACAAUAAACAUAAUAGGCUUGGGAGGUUGACAUCUCAAGGAUCACUUUUCAGUAUGCUCUUCCUAGAUUCUCUGUCCAAACUGGAAGCCUCUUCCAGAUCCCUCAGAUAUCAGGAGGAUCAAGAAGCAAGAUAUUUAUAGUGGCAGCCUCCCUUUUCCAUGCAAGGUCCAGGGGAUCCCUCCACUGCCUUUGCCUUGAGUUGAGAAACUGUUUUUUCCUCUGAGGUAUAUCCCCAGAGCAGCUGAGGUCCCCUUUUAAUUUCUGAUUUAGUUUUGCCUCCCCCUCUCCCCCCCCCCAAAAGAAUCCUAUAUCUCAUAUCACUUGGUAUUUCAUGGUUGCCAGUAAUCUUGGCUUCCUUUUGAAGAAAAGUCUGGAUAUUAUUUUUCUGAAGAAGACGAAGUAAAUAAAUAAAAGAAGGCUUAGCAUCGCGGGAUCACAGCCUAAGAGCAGGGGAGAAAAAGUCCUUUCGACGACAACCGACAGGCUCAGCAGAAAUCCAGAAACCUCAAUAAAAAGCAGGGCUUAGUUGCUCCGCCGGGAGAUAAAAGAGAGGCAGGGAUACCAGGCCGCAAUUCUGGAAUUGCUUCUCCUCCCGUUUUUCAGCUCCCUGAGGUAGCUGCGCUACCCUUCCGCAGAGCCUCCCGGCGCGGCGGGGCUUGACCUCCGGCCGUCUCUCCUCCCCUUCGCGCAAAGAGACAAGGGCUGAGCGCCUCUCUUCGGAUGGGACGGGGGAGGAAUUGCGCCGCCGGCUCUGCGGGCGCAGUGAACCGGGCCGCGUUUCGUUUCGCCGUCGCCUCACCUCGGGAGCCGGACCCACCUGCGCGGCAGAUUUCUGCCCUGAUUAUCCCUAUUGCUCCAUUCUUUCCUAUUCUUGAAAAUGAAAAGAAUGGUUUUAUAUUUCCUUUUGCUGGCUGGACUUUUUCCUGUUUCAGCCAGGGAGCGACACCUUCCAAGAACACCUUUAAGUCAAAGAAAUGAUGCUACUUUUCUUGAAAAUGCUUGCAGUAAUAAACGUCUUGACCUUGUGUUCAUCAUUGAUAGCUCUCGUAGCGUUCGCCCUUAUGACUUUGAAAAAGUGAAAGAAUUUAUCUUAACCAUCUUGCAAUUUUUGGACAUUAGUCUUGAUAAAACUAGAGUGGGAUUAAUCCAAUAUGCCAGCACAGUCAAAAAUGAAUUUUCACUGAAGACUUUUAAGAAGAAACAGGAUAUAGAGAGAGCAGUGAAAAGGAUGAUGUAUCUUGCCACUGGAACCAUGACAGGAUUAGCUAUUCAGUAUGCAAUGAACAUUGCAUUUUCAGAAUCUGAAGGGGCUCGGCCACUCAGGGAGAAUGUACCUAGAGUUAUCAUGAUAGUGACAGAUGGGAGACCACAGGAUCCAGUUGCAGAAAUUGCAGCAAAAACCCGAAAUUCUGGAAUUCUGAUAUUUGCUAUUGGAGUGGGAAGAGUUGAUAUGAACACACUAAAGUCAAUUGGGAGUGAACCUUAUGAAGACCAUGUUUUUCUGGUUGCAAACUUCAGCCAAAUUGAAUCACUGACUUCUGUGUUCCAAACUAAAAUUUGUGUCCAGCAUAUGUGUAGUAUAACUCAUCAUGGUUGUGACCAUUUCUGCAUCAACAUUCCUGGCUCUUAUGUAUGUAAAUGCAAGCAUGGAUAUAUUUUGGACUCAAACCAGAGACGAUGUAGCAUCCAGGAUCUAUGUGAGACUGAAAAGCAUGAAUGUGAGCACAUAUGUGUGAAUACACCUGGAUCCUAUGUCUGCCAAUGUUAUGAUGGCUAUGAGCUUGAAGAAGAUGGGAAGAAUUGUUUCAUUGUGGACUAUUGUGCUCUGAAUAACCAAGGCUGUCAACAUGAGUGUAUCAAUACUGAAGAUUCUUAUUAUUGUCAGUGCCAUAAGGGGUUCGUUCUAAAUCCAGAUAAAAAAACUUGCAAACGACCAGACCAUUGUGCUUUGCAAAAUCAUGGCUGUCAGCAGGAAUGUGUCAGUAUAGAUGAAUCCUACUUUUGCCAAUGCAAGCAAGGAUUUACUCUUAAUCCGGAUAAGAGAACUUGCAAAAGAAUAAAUAUCUGCAGUUUAGGUAAACAUGGCUGCCAGCAUGAAUGCGUUAGCACUGAAGAAUCAUAUUUGUGCAAAUGUCAGACUGGAUACACUCUAAACCGUGAUGGCAAAACAUGCAGAAGAAUAGACUACUGUGCCGAGUUCAAUCAUGGGUGUGAACAACUCUGUCUAAAUACCAGAGAAUCCUACAUUUGUCAGUGCUCUGAAGGAUUCAUCAUUAAUGACGAUCUGAAAACUUGUGCACGAGCGGACUAUUGUUUGCUGAAUGACCAUGGCUGUGAACAUUUAUGUGUGAACACUGGAACAUCUUAUACUUGCCAAUGCAUUGAAGGAUAUGUGCUUUAUAGUGAUGGGAAAACCUGCAAACAUAUAGAUCUUUGUAAGUUGGUGGAUCAUGGAUGUGAGCAUCUUUGUGACAGUGAUGGUGAAUCAUAUGUGUGCAAAUGUCAUGAAGGAUUCAUACUAAACAAGGAUAGGAGAACCUGCAGAAAUCAAGAGAUCUGCAAGUCCAUUGACCAUGGAUGUGAACAUAUCUGUGUUAAUAAUAAUGAUUCAUAUGUCUGUGAAUGCCAUGAAGGAUUUAUAUUAUGGAAUGAUGGGAAAACAUGCAAAAGAUGUAACGAAGGCCCAAUUGAUCUGGUAUUUGUGAUAGAUGGAUCAAAAAGUCUAGGAGAAAAUAAUUUUGAAAUUGUCAAGGAAUUUGUCUUGGGAAUUUUGGACUCUCUUACAAUAUCUCCCAGAGCUGCACGUGUUGGUUUGUUGCAAUAUUCCAGCCAGGUUCGCACAGAAUUCACACUGAAACAAUUCAACACAGCCAAAGAUAUGAAGAAAGCAGUGACACAAAUUAAAUACAUGGGGAAAGGCUCCAUGACUGGGCUUGCACUGAAGCAAAUGACUGAGAGAAGCUUCACUGAAGCAGAGGGAGCCAGGCGCAUCUCAGCAAAUGUUCCCAGAGUGUCAGUUUUGUUUACAGAUGGACGGGCCCAAGAUGAUGUUUCUGAAUGGGCAGUUAAAGCAAAGCAAAGUGGAAUCACUAUAUAUGCUAUUGGAAUUGGGAAAUCAAUUGAGAAAGAAUUACAAGCAAUUGCUUCUGAUCCUGCUGAAAAACAUAUUUUUUAUGCUCAGGAAUUCAAAGCUAUGGAAGAGAUCACUGAAAAACUGCAGAAAAGAAUCUGUGAAGAUCUAAAGGAUUACCAGGAAACAACAAAUCAGCUUCAUGCAAUGAAUUUACUUUCUGAAGAACCUGAAACAUCUACCUUAGCAAUCACAGAUGUUCUUUCCUGUUCCAAUUUUGCUGUGCAUCAUAAAUACCUUUUUAAAGAAAAGCAGUUAUGGACAAAAGCUUCAGCAAAUCCUUCAGAUGAUAAGAAAGACCUAUGCAAUUGUGAGAAUCUUAUGAAUUUCCAGAAUUUUGCAACUACUGAACUUAGGAAACUAACUCAGCAACUGGCAGAAAUGUCAAAAAGAAUAGAAGCAUUGGAAAGUCAAUUAAGAUACUAAUGAAAUGUCCUUAGCAGCAAUAUACCUUUGUUGGAUAUUUAUAUACAAGAAAAUGUAUCAAAGCUAUGUAGGUAGGUACAUUUCGCACAAAAAGGAGAAAUUGUAACUUCAGUAAUUUAGAGUACCAUAUAAUAUUGUAUUUUUGCAUUGAUGUAAGAUAAAAUUACAAACUUUUUAGAAAAACUAAUUUUUCAAUUGAGAAGCUACAUAAUAUUGUAAAAUAGUGGUAUAAAAGGCAAUUUUUACUAUUUAGAAAUCGGGAAAGGCCAAAUAUUGUGCACUAUUCACUGUAAUAUUGUACUGAAAGGAUGCAGUCAAAUAUUAGUUGAUUAUACUCUUCCUACAGCCAGCACUUCUUCCCAUAAGUGAUUGAUAGGGAAAUUUGGAAGUAAUCAAUUUAAAGCACACUCCCUACGUUCACGUUAACCACUAAGUAUCUAUAUGUGGGAUAGGGUUUGGGGAUACAAUGUAUAAAAUGUAAUUUUAUCGCUAGAAAUACAUACCAAAAGUUUGAAUACCUUAGCUUUUUAAACAAAUAUUCUCAAACAGAUGUAUCACACAAAUAUUCUAACAGUGUUGGCCAACGGAUACUUGGAGGAAUGGCUAGCCAUCAAAAGGGAAAAUUCAUUUCAAAAUGAAGAUUUGUAUUAUUAAAAGUUCAGAACAAAUUAACUAGUGCCUUAGCUCUGAAUUAUGCUCAAAAUAAAUUUUGUCCAAUAAU